AUGGACGCCGCCGUACGGGCGUCGACUCCGCCGCCGGCAGCCAGGGAAGAGCCGCGGGACGCAAGCAUGGUGCGGAGGAUCCUGCGCUCCGAGGGUCUCGGGGAGUGCGAGUACGACCCCCGUGUGGUGGACCGAUUCAUGGAGCUCGCCCGCCGCUACGCUGGCGAUGUGCUCGGCGAGGCCAGGGCGUACGCCGACCACGCCGGCAGGGCGUCGCUCGAGGCUGACGACGUGCACCUCGCGAUCCAGGCCAAGUCCGCGUUCUCCCCCGCGCCACCGCGCCGCGAGGUUAUCUUUGACCUGGCGCGCAGCAGGAACACGAUCCCUCUGCACAAGGCGGCUGCUCCUCCUGGAUGGAUCCCUCUCCCUUCUCUUGAGGACACAAUGCUGAGCCCAAAUUACCUAGUCGUUCGUCCGGUUAUGCUGUCCGUUGAUCAGGUUGAGGAAACCGAGGAUGACGAUGAAGGUUCAGAUCCUAAUUCCAACACUGAACAAGAGCACAAUGGUAGCACCAGCAAUAAGCAGACCCAGAUCAAUGCCAUGGCCACUGCAGCCGUGAGACAGAGAAGAUGA